UCAAUAACAAGCGUACCUAUUGGGAUUUUUAGCGGCUAUCAUCCUUUAGCUUUUUAUUCACUGUAGCUCAGUUGCUUCCAUUAAAUGUGAGGAGAGAUUUAAAUGUUAUUAUCUGUGUUUCAUUUCUCGAUUUUUUAAAAGAAGUUAUUAAAAGGAAGAAAUGAACAGUAGGCUCCAAGAGAUACGCGAGAGACAAAAGCUAAGGCGGCAACUGCUAGCUCAGCAGUUAGGAGCAGAGAGCGCAGACAGCAUUGGAGCUGUUUUACACAGUAAAGAUGAGCUCAAAGAGAUAGAAGAGACGAGAGAAACAUGCAGAGCUUCAUAUGAUAGCUCAGCCCCUCCUUCCAAAAGGAAGCCGCUGACUGAUGGAGAGGACACCGAAGAGCAAAAAGAUGAAGUAGAGGUGCAGCAGGAGGAAGAGAGCAACCCGUACGAGGAAGUGUACAAGGAUUCCAGUACUUUCCUUAAGGGUACCCAAAGCUUGAACCCCCACAAUGACUACUGCCAGCACUUUGUAGACACUGGUCACAGGCCACAAAACUUCAUCAGGGACGGUGGACUGGCUGACCGAUUUGAAGAAUACCCUAAACAGCGAGAGUUGAUCAGACUCAAAGAUGAACUCAUUGCCAGCACCAACAUUCCUCCCAUGUAUCUCCAGUCUGAUCUGGAGCACUUUGACCUGCGGGAGUUAAAAAGCCAGUUUGAUGUGAUUCUGAUUGAGCCUCCUUUGGAGGAAUAUUACCGAGAGUCGGGCAUCAGUCACACAGAACGCUUCUGGACCUGGGAUGAUAUCAUGAGACUGGAGAUUGAGGAGAUAUCAGCUUUACGCUCCUUUGUCUUCCUCUGGUGUGGCUCUGGAGAAGGUCUGGACCUCGGCAGAAUGUGCCUGAGAAAGUGGGGUUUCAGAAGGUCUGAAGACAUCUGCUGGAUCAAAACCAACAAGAAUAACCCAGGAAAAACCAAGGCCCUGGACCCAAAAGCUGUUUUUCAGAGGACUAAGGAGCACUGCUUAAUGGGGAUCAAGGGAACUGUGCGCAGGAGCACUGAUGGCGACUUCAUUCAUGCCAAUGUAGACAUUGACCUGAUUAUUGCAGAGGAGCCUGAGAUGGGAAAUGUAGAGAAACCAGUGGAGAUCUUCCACAUCAUUGAGCAUUUCUGUUUGGGUCGUCGGAGGCUGCACCUGUUUGGAAGAGACUCAACCAUCAGACCAGGAUGGGUGACAGUCGGUCCAACCUUAACAAACACCAACUUUAACCCAGAGACCUAUGCUUCACACUUUCCUAUGCCUGAAUCCUAUUUAACCGGCUGCACCGAAGAAAUAGAGAGGCUGCGGCCCAAAUCCCCAGUGAAACUCAAGUCGGACCGCGGAGGUGGAGCACCCAGAGGGGGACGUGGGGGGCCAAAUGCUGGGAGAGGUGGAGACCGAGGGAGAGAAAGGAAUAGGCCAAACUUCAGGGGAGACAGAGGAGGGUUCAGGGGAAGGGGGGGGCCACAUAGGGGGUUUCCGCCUCGUUAGACUAACAAAUGACUGCCAAUUUUCUUUCUUUUUUUUUCUCUUUUUUUUUUAAACAGUUAUUUUGGUCGGAAAGAAACUUUAAGGUUUUACUGUUAUAGAUCAUUUUAAAACUGUUCAGUUGGGAUAUUUUUAAUUUAGAAAUACUGUAGAUUU